AUGGCGAUCACGCUCGAUGUUUGCCUCCGCCACCCGUACCACUGUGUGACACAGAGUACAAUGAACUUAAUGUAAUUAGUUAUAACGCUUACGAAAUACCAUACGUUGCCGGACAGUUUGGUCAGAGAGAACGUCUGUGCCGUAUUCCUAAUCGUCUACUUGAAGAACAUCCGGGAGUUGAUGUGAUAAUCUUUCAAGAAGUUUUCAAGGGAGGGUGUGGGUACGAAUUUGGUGUUUCUCUCAAAGAUCUUUUGGCUGCAAAUGGGUUUAUUUACUUUACGUCAAUUGUCGGAGACCCACCAGAAACGUAUCUCCGACCUUUCAGUGGCGGUGUUUUCAUUGCAUCAAGAUGGCCAAUCCUCAAAGAAGAUGCUACUGUUUUUGGACCUGUUCCUACUCAAGAUAUAUACCUAACAAAGGGUGUAGUAUAUGCCAAGAUUGAAAAAUCGACCAACUCCGGAAGUAAAAUAUAUCACAUAUUUGGUACCCAUUUACAGUUUUCACCUAACGAAGAGGAUCAUACGUUGUAUAAUGGAGUCAGAGUAUUACAAGCGCAAGAGAUUGUCACUUUCGUCGCAUCCCAAAAUAUUCCUCAAGACGAGCCGGCAAUUUUAGGUGGUGACUUAAACAUUGAUAGCAUGAACUAUCCAGACCAUCGCGAUUUAAUAUUCUAUGGUAUACUAGGUGUCACGAUGCCGCCUAUUACUGGUGAUUUGGAUACAACAUACAAUCCUGAUAUAAACCAACUUCCCGG